AUGGAUAUAUACAAUAUCUUAGAAUUAAGUUUAUAUUUAUGUAAUUAUAUUUAAUGUAUUUAUAAGAAUUAAAUUAAAAGUAAUAGUUAUUAGAAAUAUAAAUUAUAGAAAAUGGUAAAAAAUAAAAACUAUUUGAUACAAAAAUUUAUUCCAAAUUAAAAAUUAACUUUGUUAUUCAAAAAUUUAAUGCAGUUUCUUGAUAAAUCUUAGAUUGAGUAUAAUGUAUAUUAUUAUCUUGACAUUCAAUAUGUUGAUUUCUAUAUUUAAAUGAGAAAUCACAUAAUAUUGGUAGAUAAUUUAUUAUAUGUAACUUAUGAUAUGGUACAUAAUUGUCUUUCUUAAGAAACAUUACACUGGUUUUCAUUAUUUUAAUAAAUCCAUUCAUGAAUGCUAAAAAAUAUAAAUUAAAGGAAAUUCGAAUUAAUUUAAAUGAAUGGAAUCAGAUGAAUGAUGAUCAAAGAGGAAAGGUUUUGUUAAUGUGA